CGGUGUGUAUGCGUAAGCAGUCCCACAGAAAUAUUCGCGGCGUGGAGAAAAAUAAAUUUUAACACUUAAAGAGGUGAAAAACGCAGUGUGUUUUGAAAAUUAUSUAAAAAGUUGUACGUGAAACGUGUGUCUGUGUUAUAUGAUAUCAAUUUGAGUGAAAUUAAUAUGCAUUUAGUGGAAAUCAAUUUCCACAAUGCAUUGAAUCGGUGACCUACGAUAGUGUUGGUCUAAAAUGGCGUCGAACUUCAUGGAAAGUUAAAUGGCGUCCCAUUAAAAAGAACGGAAAAAAUAUGGUGCAAUAUUUGUAAGCAAAAGGUGUAAAAAAGGAAGAGUGAGGAAGGAAGGUGUUACGAGAAUUGUAAAAAUCAAAUGACUCGUCGUAAUCACAAUCGUUGGCUUCGUCGCAAUCGCCACAGUUUAUGUAUGUGUGUCUCGUACGUUUUUGAAAAACGAUGCUUGUAGUAAAAGUGAACAAAAAAGAACAGCGAAAAUAAGCUAAGUAAUAAGUGAAUAACUAAAACGUAUAUACAAAAGUAGAAAAGGCGACUUGUUAACGUCAUCGUGUCAUACUGAGACCGAAGUGCACUGAACGAACAAACGCACGGGCGCUUCAUAUGACUCACCUAGUGGCGUAUAUAUAGUAUAACUACAUGCAUAUUUGCACAUCUAUAAUUUUUUUUUUUUGGAAUAAUACUAACCCUGAAGAAGUGUAAUAAUUUAAAAAGAAAAUAAAACAACACCGAGACGAGGAACGGGAUUGUUGCGAGCAAGUUGAGAAAAAGACAAGUCCCAGUAAUUAAACAGUGUCUGUGGAAAAUCUCUACGCAUCUCUUGUUGUUGUUGUGAUAACAAAGCACAAAUAAGUCAGUGAGUGAGGUCAGAGCGCGUUUACAAGCUGUGCUUGUUUACAUUGCGGUGUCGGUGUCGUUGUCUUCGCUAAAGUUUUCGCCACUUUUACAUUAACCGCAUCGUCGUAUCAACGCUGUUUGUUGUUAUUCUGCGUUUGUAUUUUUUCCUUCUUUUUUGUAUUGCAUUCCGUUUUGUUCCAUUGUCGCUUUGGAUGCCAACAUAAUCAUUUGUGUGAUAAGUUAACGCGUUGUUAUCAAUUUUGUUUUUUUGUGAUUUGUGUUUAUUGGAAAAGGCCUCACCACGAAUUACCUGACGUUCUCUUCGUCGCGGCGGUCAACUGUAGUCGCAACAAGUGGUGGUAAAACACCAGCCGCCAGCACUACAGCGCUCGCCACAUCAGCAGGAUCUGUUUCUGCUUCAUCGAGUGUCUCGUCGUCCUCGUCGGCGCUUGGAUUACUGAGUUCGAGUUUCGUCGCCACAUUCUCAAAUCCCUUCAGCAGCAGUAGUAAUAGUAAUAACAAUAGUAAUAGUAACAACACUGCCGCCUACGCGAACAUAGAAGACCCGGCAUUAAUAAAAGGAGCACCAAAUUCUGCUUUGCCGCCAACAUUGUACUACACAAAACCACAACAGCAACAGCAACAACAACAAAAUUAUCAGCAGCAAACACAAAAUCGUUCGUCAACUGCUACAACAACGAGUACUUAUUUUCAGCACACGCCAAACAGUAGUGGCAGCAUACAACGUGCUACAAUGGCUGCUAGUGGCACAGCUGCACCGAAUAGCAGCAGCAGUACAGCUGCGCUCGGUCUAUCGCCCACAUAUGAACCGCUUGGCGGUGGUCCACACGCUACCAUCGUUAAGGAGGGUUGGUUACAGAAGCGUGGCGAACACAUAAAAACCUGGCGUUCACGUUAUUUUAUACUGCGCGAUGACGGCACCUUGAUGGGCUAUAAAAGUCCGCCGGUGAAUAAUGCACCCGCUGAUCCAUUAAAUAAUUUCACAGUACGCGGUUGUCAAAUUAUGACAGUCGAUCGACCCAAACCGUUCACUUUUAUUAUACGCGGUCUACAAUGGACCAAUGUUAUCGAACGUACAUUUUGUGUGGAAAGAGAGAUCGAACGGCAACAGUGGACCGAUGCCAUCAGAAAUGUAGCAAGUCGCUUGAGUGAGCUGGGCGAAACGGCCAUGUCACCCUCGACCUCAACAGAUAUGUCUGAUGUGGAUAUGGCAUCUAUUGCCGAAGUGGAACUGCGUAACAGUUUUUCAGUGCAGGGCACAACGAAACGCAGUAGUGGCGGCGUUAAAAAAGUCACGCUUGAAAAUUUCGAGUUUAUAAAAGUGUUAGGCAAAGGCACAUUUGGCAAAGUAAUUCUGUGUCGUGAGAAGGCCACUGCAAAGCUGUAUGCAAUUAAAAUUCUCAAAAAAGAAGUUAUCAUACAAAAAGAUGAGAUCGCGCACACCAUCACCGAGAGUCGUGUGCUGCAAACUACGAAUCAUCCCUUCCUAAUUUCACUUAAAUAUUCAUUUCAAACAAACGAUCGUCUGUGUUUUGUGAUGCAAUACGUAAAUGGCGGUGAAUUAUUUUUUCACUUGAGCCGUGAACGUAUUUUCAGCGAGGAUCGUACGCGAUUCUAUGGUGCUGAAAUAAUUUCCGCCUUGGGUUACCUACACUCGCAAGGCAUUAUAUAUCGUGAUUUAAAGUUGGAAAAUUUAUUGCUAGACAAAGAUGGACACAUUAAGAUCGCUGACUUUGGGCUAUGUAAAGAGGAUAUCACGUAUGGUCGUACAACGAAGACGUUUUGCGGUACACCCGAAUAUCUGGCGCCUGAAGUAUUAGAGGACAACGAUUACGGGCAUGCAGUCGAUUGGUGGGGCACCGGUGUCGUCAUGUAUGAGAUGAUAUGUGGACGUCUUCCUUUCUUUAAUCAAGAUCAUGAUGUACUCUUCACACUUAUCUUAAUGGAGGAGGUGAGAUUCCCCCGCACAAUUUCUGAUGAGGCGCGCAGUUUACUUGCCGGACUUUUGGCUAAGGAUCCACGUCAACGUUUAGGCGGUGGACAAGAUGAUGUCAAAGAGAUACAAGCACAUCCCUUCUUUGCGAGUAUUAAUUGGACGGAUUUAGUGAAUAAGAGGAUAACACCGCCUUUUAAGCCACAAGUAGUGUCCGAUACAGAUACACGUUACUUCGAUACAGAGUUCACGGGUGAAAGUGUGGAAUUGACGCCGCCAGAUCCUGCUGGCACAUUGGGUUCCAUAGCAGAAGAGCCACUCUUCGCGCAGGUGAGUUGAAGACAAAGUGAGAUAUUA